AUGACCUCCUCAAAAGAGCUGCUGGUUAAGGAAGAUAUUCACUCAAUUGAUAAGUUACCUAAGAUUGAGAAUUAUAAGGCACCUAAAUAUCCAGUUGUACUGUGUCAUGGGCUGUCAGGGUUUGAUAAGUUGAUUCUCAUUCCAUCUGUGUUUAGGCUAACUAAAAUGAUAAGCAGUAGCAUUAACCUGAACAACUCGGAUCAUUUCCUGGAAAUUGAUGACGAUACCGAAGGUGCAAGUGUGAGGAAUAAGGGACUGCUAGAGAUAGAGUACUGGAUUGGCAUUAAAGAAAUACUUGAAAAAAAUGGCUGUCAAACAAUUACUACAAAAGUGCCAGGUAUGGGCAGCAUCGAAGAACGAGCACUGGCUUUAAAUGCCUCUAUUGAACGUGAAGUAAAGAAGCUACAGAAAAAGCAAAAGAAAAAUUCAUGGUUCUCGAGAAAUGAAAAGAUAAAGCUAAACCUCUUAGCGCAUUCAAUGGGUGGCCUAGAUUGCCGAUACUUAAUAGCAAAACUACCGAAAAGAAACUACCAAGUAGCUAGUUUGACGACAAUAUCAACCCCACAUCGGGGCUCAGAAAUGGCCGACUAUAUUACAAAGUUGUUUUUUGAUCUGAAACCAAAAAAAGAAAGUGCCCCAAAUAUUCAUUUACCAAUAUGCUUUUAUCAGUUAACAACAACUUAUAUGCAAUACUUCAAUGAGAAUGUUAGAGAUGAUCCAAAAGUUAAGUACUUUUCAUAUGGAUCAUACUUUAAGCCUAAAUGGUAUAACGUAUUAGCAUGGCCUUGGAAAGUCAUAGCAAAAGCUACUAAUGACGGAUUGAAUGAUGGUCUAGUUACCAUAAAAAGCAGUGAAUGGGGCGAAUAUCAAGGUACUCUAAAAAAUGUGGAUCAUCUUGACAUUAUUAAUUGGAAGAACAAAUUACAAGAUGAUUAUCUUAAGUAUUUUCCAAAAAUUGGGUAUGAACCAAUAAAUAUCCUAGACUUUUAUCUACAUGUAACAGAUAAUUUGGCUAGAAAUGGCCUUUAA